AUGCAGCUGUGCGGCCGGCAGAAGGUGGUCCAGCGCAAGAUGGUGCUGCUAGGCGAUGGUGCCUGCGGCAAGACAUCGGCGCUGAAUGUGUUUACUCGUGGCUUUUUCCCGACGGUCUACGAGCCUACAGUCUUCGUGCUAACCUCGGAGGAAUAUAGAAAACUACGUCCAUGGUACAUAAUCACCUCACUCUACUCCUCUGACCACGAUCCCAGAAACUCACAUGCCCUAGAUAUCUUCGUCGACAACAUACAUGUGGAGCUCUCGCUAUGGGAUACCGCCGGCCAAGAGGAGUUCGACCGACUGCGUGCGCUGUCCUACGAGGACACACACGUGCUCAUGCUCUGCUUCAGCGUCGACAGCCCUGACUCCUUCGAGAACGUGGCGUCGAAGUGGAUGGCCGAGAUCAACGAGAACUGCCCGGGCGUCCCCGUGGUCCUGACCGCACUCAAGUGCGAUCUGCGCAAGGACGAGGACAUGAACGACAACCCCAAUACCAUCAGUUUCGACCAGGGCCUCGCGAAGGCAAAGGAGAUUGGCGCUGUGAAAUACCUGGAGUGCUCUGCGGUCCAGAAUCGCGGUAUCAGAGAGAGCUUCUACGAGGCUGCCAAGGUUGCUCUUGCUGUUAACGCAGGCAGUGGCUCGUCCUCUGGCUCGUCUUGUGUCAUUCUGUGA